UAAGAUAUAUAAAAGUGAGGAUUAACCUCGCUAGGCUUGAUAAUAAAGUGCUUUGAACUUAAUAUACUAUCAUCUAGUAAAACAGAAAAGGAAUUUUCUUUUUAAUCAGUGUACGUUUAUCUGUUAUCAAUUGUGGCCGAAACUGAAUUUGUUUUAAUAUAGUGACGCUCAUUCAAAUGGUACAUAUAUGCAGUGUAUUUCGCUACAAAACUGAAAACAUUCACAUCUUGGAAAUUAUAUAUAUUUACUCUGGAAAUUUUGGAUAUACAACAAGGCAGUUUUUUUUUGGAUUUUGGAAAUAAUUAUAUGAAAUACUUCUCUGCAACUAGUUUGAAUCUUGGAGAUAUUUACCAUUACUGUUAUUUUAACAAAAUUCAAGGUUGUUUAUUAAACUCUUGUUGGCUAUAAGUUGGCUGUGCCUCAAGUCAUUAAGAAGAAGAAGAAGAAGAUAUUGUUAAUGAUUGUUGAUGGAUUUCUUAUUUUUCAAGUAAAAAUAAUUUAUAAUUAAAAAAUUGUACUUAAUUUACAAAAGCAAAAUUUAUGAAUACGAAGAUAACUACUAUACUGAGGAUUGAAAUCUCAAUUAAUAAAAAAUGCCAAAAGCUUUCUAUCCAAAUGAAUGUUACGUUUGUGGAGUGACAACAUCUCUAAGAAGAUGCAGCCGCUGUCAUUUAAUAUCCUAUUGUGGUGAAGUACAUCAAAAAAAUGAUUGGACAUCGCAUAAAACAUUUUGCUCAGUAAUAUCGAUGAUAAUGAGAAUUAAUGAUUUAUCACAUCUCUAUGAAAAUUCAAAAGGAUUCACAUCACAAAAAUGGAUUCAAGAACGAAUGAAUAUGAUUAAACAUGUCUCUUCAUUAUUGGAUCGUAAUAUUCAAAUUAAUGAAAUACAAAUGUUAACAUUUCCACGUUCAUGCAUUGUUUGUCACGAUACAAAACAGGAGAAUUUAACAAAUUGUCCCCAUUGUCCAUUGAUAUCAUUUUGUAAAUUACAUUCAAAUACAUUGCGUCACAAUGAAGAAUGUUUAAAAAUAAAUGCCUGUUAUAAUUUUGAAAUUGAUUGUGACAAUUUUCGUGAACGUGCAUUUACAUUAAUUUACAAAAUUUUAGAUUCACAGCAAAUGGAAUUAUUAAAAAAACCAACAACUAUUGACGAUUAUUUAAAUCAAAUUCUCGAUCAUUCACUAAAUAUUGAUGAUAAAAUGAAAAAAUAUCUUGCGGCAAUUUUAGCUCCCUCUUUAACUAUUUUCAAUUCUAUUGAAAAAUUAAAUUAUCAACCAUCAACAAAAUUGACAAUAAACAUUAAUACUCGCGAUAAUCUCAAUACAUUUCCUCAACAUUGGGAAAUUUUACUUCAUUUAUUGCCAAAUUUAAAAUAUUUAAAAAUAAUUCUCGAUAACGAUGAUACAAUUACAAUAAGAGAUGAUGUUUCACUUUGCAAAAAAUGUACAACAAUGAAACGAAAAUUAAUAACAAAAACAUUGAAUGAAGAGAAUUGUGAUGAUUUUGGAAAAUUUGAUUUAUCAUUUUUUUCCAAUUUAAAUGUACCGGAUAAUUGGGAUAUUGAAUGGGAAUUGGUUAAUAAUGUUUGGAAAUUAUUUAAUUGUCCAAUAAUUUUUAUGAUAAGCACAGAAAUUCAAAUGAAACGUUUAAAAAAUAAAUUGAAACACGACAAUUAUUGGAAACAAUUAAUUUGUUUUGAUGGUUCUAAUGAUUUUGCACCAGCAACUCCAUAUCGUUCAACAGACGAUUGGACAAUUGUGGAAGAUAAAAAAUAUUUAUUAAUUUUAAAUACCACUGCUUCAAUUCAGAAAAAAAUUCCAAAAAAUUUAUCAAAAACAAAAUCUGAAACAAAUUCAUCAAAUAAAAUUUCAUCGUUAAAUAAGAAUGAAAUUAAAAUAAAGGAGAAUAAUGUUAAAAAAGAUGAAAUUCCAUUGGGAAUUAAUGCUGAAAAUUCAAUUGAAAAUAAAUUUUCAAUAAAUAAUGAAAAAAUGGGAGAAAAAAUAAUUAAUGAAAAUAUUAAUUACAUGGAAAUUAAAAAUCUCAAUGAAACAUUAAUAAAAAAUACAUUACUUCUUCAAGAGCAAAUUGAUAAUAUUAUUAAAGAAAAUAUAAAUCUCAAGGAAGAAAAUCAACGUCUAAAAAAUGAGAUUUCGAAAAAUUAAUUAAGAAUUAACUAU